GAAGAGCAGCCGAGCCGGAGACGAUGACUGCCGAGAGCGCCCAAAACCCAAGGGCCCCAGGGGGGGGCAGGGGGGGGGGGGUGCCAAGCCGCCAGUGCCCCCCGCUCCGCCGCGGCGCCGGGGACGCAGGCUGCGGCACAAGUCACCGCCGGAGGUCCCGGUGAAAGGGCAGCUUCGCAUGCGCUCACCAUCGGGAGCCUUCGUCAUGGUGGGCAUCUCGGUGGUCCUGGUGGGCAUGACCAUCGCCGUAGUGGGCUACUGGCCCCACCGGGGACCUGGGGGCACCGGGGCCGGCACGGGGAACGCCAGCACUGCAGGGGACAUGAGGAGGGAGGUGGCUGCCGGGCGCCACGUGCCCCACAGCGAGAAGCUCAAGCUGGUCGGCCCCGUCAUCAUGGGCAUCGGGCUCUUCAUCUUCAUCUGUGCCAACACCAUGCUGUACGAGAACAGGGACAUGGAGACCCGCAGGCUGAUGCAGAAGGGUCUCUACUCCAUGGCGGCGGGUCUCCCCAAGGGGAGCGGCCCCGAGGACAGGCGCUGCCAGCAUGGUGAUGGCCAGCCUGUCCCCAAGGCCAACGCCGAGUGCGUGGAGGGCUGCUACCAGGUGGAUCUCUCAUGCCAGCCCUGCCCCGGCCCCGGCAGCAAGUGGUCCAACUGCUAUGGCUCCAACAGGCUCCAGACCACGGCCGAGCUCCGCCAGCACCCGGUAGCAUCCCCCGCCGCCUCCCUCCUCAGCCUCCGCUCCGGCACCUCGGCCGAGGCCAACCUCAGCCUCUCCUGCCAUGCCAGAGCCGAGUCCCUCCUCAACUCGGCCGUUGGUGCCUUGGCGUUGCCCGUCAUCAAGCUCAACAACCGCUUGCUGGACGCGGCAGGGGGGGGGGGGGGGGGAGGGACCGCCGAGCCCCCCGCCGAAGCACCACGGCUCUCCUGGGCUCCGCUCUCCGCCGGUGGCAGCAUCGCACCCCGCAGCCAGGACCGUGGUGGUGGUGGCCACGUCAUCAUCAACGUGGAUGGCGGCUGCCCUGGCGCGGAGCUGGUGGCAGCGGAGCUCAGCCUGGAUGCGCAGCUCCACACCCCGGGACACUCCAAGUCCCUGGACCUCGGCCGGCCGGGGGUGCUGCUGGUGGCCCCCAUCAAGGACCGUAAGAACCGGAGCUGGCCCCGGCUGGACCACGUCAGCCUGGUGGGUUACGCCAAACUGGAAAGCACUGGCGAGUCCUCAGACCGGCUGCUGGAGCCCAGCAAGCCCCAGAGCUGGGGCGAGCCCCGACCCAGCUCCUGGGCGGUGGGGAUGGAGCAGGGCACGCGGGUCUGA